AUGAGAUUCAUGCCUUCGGAUGUUCCUGAACUGGUACACAGGCAAUUCCAGCUAGGUUUACAGAUGUCAAGUUCCAAAUCCAAAAGGCGUUGUUUAGUAUCCGAGUCAUCCGAGGAUAUGAAUGAAGCCUCACCGUGGACGGAUCCCGUAGAUGAUGAGGUUGAAGAGAAAAGGACUCCAGAGUAUGAACUACACCCUACAAAAAAGUCAAAGGAUGGAUUCAAAUAUGUGAGCAUGAAAAAGAGUAAAAGGAGGGCACCUUAUUGGGUAGACUACUGGAUGUAUUUGGACAAUGCUGAUAUGAUAAGAGCUGAAUGCAAAUUUUGUGAAAGGAAUUUUGCUGCUGAUCCUAAUACUAAUGGCACGAAGAAUGUGAAGAAACAUUGGACAACUUGUCCAAAAAAUCCAGCAAAUAAGAGCAAAGGUAAACAAACUCACUUGAUUUUUGAGCCAGUAGAUGGUGAGGAGGGAGAUGCUAAGUUGAAAUAUAAAGAUGUGAAUCUUAAUGAUGUGCGAGAUGCAUUGGGUCGUAUGAUCAUACUUGAUGAAUUGCCAUUUCGAUUUGUAGAGAAAGUUGGUUUUAAAUAUUUCAUGUCUAUUGCUUGCCCUGCAUUUCAUAUGCCUUCACGAAUGACUAUUGCACGUGAUUGUUAUCAACUGUACUGUGAUGAAAGGCUCAAGUUGAAAGAGUUUCUACGAAAUUCGUGUCAAAGAGUAAGUGUGACAACUGAUACAUGGACAUCUAUUCAAAGAAUUAAUUAUAUGUGUCUCACAGCUCAUUUCAUUGACAAUGAUUGGAAAUUACAAAAAAGGAUCAUAAAUUUUUGUCCUAUUUCUAGCCAUAAGGGAGAUGCCAUUGGUAGAGCUGUUGAGGAUUGUUUAAACUCUUGGGGUUUAUGUGAUAAACUUUUUACAGUAACGGUUGAUAAUGCAAGUUCUAAUGAUGUGGCAUGUGGGUACUUGAGAAAUAUGGUAAGGAGAAAGGGUGGAAUUAAUAAGGGAAAAUAUUUACACAUGAGGUGUAUUGCACAUAUAAUUAAUCUUAUUGUGUGGGAUGGUUUGAAGGAUCAUGUUCAAUGUAUUGAUAGGACACGAGCUGUUGUUAAGUUUGUGAAAAAUUCUCCUGCCAGAUUGCUCCUCUUCAAAGAAGUUGUUGAGAAAUGUAAAAUAGAGAGAAAAUCUUCUUUGUCUCUAGAUGUACCCACUAGAUGGAAUUCAACUUACACUAUGUUAGACACUGCUCAAAAAUUUAAAGGUGUCUUUAGUCGAAUGUCACUUCCUAGGGAGUACGAAGGUAACACGAGUUCACCCGAUGAUGCUGACUGGGACAAAGUUGAAAAGCUUGUCGUUUUCUUAAGGGAGUUUUAUGAUUUAACGAACCGUGUUUCUGGUUCUUUAUAUGUCACAAGUAACACACUCUUCUUUCACAUUGGUCACAUUCUUGAUUUACUGAAUCAAUGGACGGUUAGUGAUGAUCCUGAUUUUAGAACUAUGGCAUUUCAAAUGAAAUUGAAAUUUGACAAGUAUUGGGGUGACGUAGAAAAGAUGAACAUGUUGAUAUAUCUGGCUGUAAUUCUUGAUCCAAAAUUCAAGUUCCUGGGUGUACAAAUUGCUCUUCAAAAUAUGUAUGGAGUAGAUAGGGGAACGUCAUUAGCUAAUAAAGUCAGGGAGUUUUCUAAUGUUAUGUUUGAUGAGUAUAGAAAAUUAUAUGCUCCUGUGAUUGUGGAGAGUGAGCAAACUAGUGACUCAAUGUCAAUUAUGCAGCCCAUGAGUCAAGGAGGUGUUUUGAGUUUUAAAAACAACAUCCAGGAGCAAAUUAAGAAGCAAAUUAGUGGAGCUGAUGGUGGUAGGUUUGUAAGAAGUGAGUUUGAUCGUUAUUUGAAUGAGCAAAUGGGAGAAGAUGAAGAGAAAGAUAUUCUAACUUGGUGGAAACUUAAUGGCCCUAGAUUUCCAGUUAUUGCACGUAUGGCACGUGAUGUACUAGCCAUACCAGUAUCUACAGUUGCAUCGGAAUCGGCAUUUAGUGCAGGAGGGCGCCAUGUUGAUCAAUUUAGAAGCUCUUUAACUCCUAAGAUGGCACAAGCUCUCAUAUGCGGACAAGAUUGGCUUCGGCCUGCAACUGCUACAUCUAAAAUGAACGUGGAGGAGAAAUUGGAGGAGCUGGAGCAAUUAGAAAAAGAUUUGGAGAAGACCAACUUGGAAGAUGAAAUGGUUUUUGUCACCGAAUGA